GUUCACUUCACCAAUGUUCUUGGAACGUUUUUUAUUCCAGAAACUCAUAACACAAACUAAUAGAUAUAAAAGAAAAUCCAGAAGAAUUCACAAGCAAGUCAAUUUCCCAGAGCCACAUCAUAUAACUACCCAUUCGACUUAAUUUAUUAUUAGAUGUUUUCCACCCAGCCUAUCCUCCUGAAAUUGAUUUUCCUGCCAAUAACACUGAUAUAUAUGUAUAUAUUUACAUAUAUAUGUGUGUGUGUGUAUACACAUAUAUAUAUAUCUAUGUAUGUAGGCAGGAAAAGGGUUAUUUGCCAUACACUCUUUCCUCUGGGAAUAGAGUACUUACCAAAUUAAAGAUUCCCAUUCUCUUUCCCUGGGAAUAUGAUGAGAUUUUGGAGACAAAUGCAACAUAUUUCUGUAUCUAUAUCUCUAUAUACAUACAUAUACACACACAUUCCAGCUCUGUCACUUGUUGACCAUAUGACCCUGAUCAUAUUACUUUUCUGAGCUUCGGUUUCCUCAUUUGUAGAAUAAAUAAUUUUUAUUUUUGAAAAAAAUCCAUAACAUUCUAUGGUAAAGGAUUUACAUAAUUCCUAACCCCUGAAAAGCCCCUGAACUCUACUGAAAUCCUAAUGACAUUAAAGAAGGCAAAGAAAGCUUUUAGUGUGUUAAAUGGACCACAUGUGGUAAACUUAUGGAAGGAUAUGUUGAAGAAUUGCCUAGGAUAGAUGGGUUAUAAUUUGUACUCUUGAAAGGACCAUCUACAUCCAUGAUACCACAGAUCUGUUUCAGCAUUUGGGUGUUUGAGCAUGAUCUUUAAGAGAGGAUUUGUUACUCAGAAUCUCCUGUCUUGUUAGUGACUUAGCCUUUUCCCUCUCUAUUGUCCCACUUUGUAGUUCUCUUCCCUCAACCUGUUGCUACUUGAAACUAACUCCAUCCUUUAUCCUGUCUCAAUCCUUGACUCCAGCUCCACUUUGAGACUUGACCAAUUGGGGAUUUUAGUCAUAUGACUGGUAGAACCACCACCAUUGGUGUCGGGGGAAGUCCUGCUCCUACUACCUGGGCAGACACAAAGCAGGUAAGUAGAUAAGUAAAGCUGAUAAAUCAAUUCUAAUGGAUUGGCAGGUUGAAGGAGAAGAAUUCAGCUCUACAUGAUCAGGUAUCAGAGUUGUAUUCCUGGUUUUCCUACAGGAAACUCUGAACACACUUUUCCAUAGAAACAUUGUUAUAUGGAGUUUUUGGGUUCCAUAGUACUUUGAGUAUAGUAUCAUGCAUCAAGCCCAUUAUGGAUUGAAUAAACUUUUGUAAUCUGGAUAUCUAAUUAUUAGUUUUCAGUAUUAUUAUUAUUAUUAUUAUUUUUUUUUUAUAAAAACCCUUCUGUCUUGUAGUCAAUACUGUGUAUUGGCUCCAAGGCAGAAGAGUGGUAAGGGCUAGGCAAUGGGGGUCAAGUGACUUGCUCAGGGUCACACAGCUGGGAAGUGGCUGAGGCCAGAUUUGAACCUAGGACCUCCUGUCUCUAGGACUGACUCUCAAUCCACUGAGCCACCCAGCUGUCCCCAGUUUUCAGUAUUGUUUCUAUGGGGGAAUUUAUUCAAAACUCCAAAUCAGAGGGAAGGAAGGAAGGAAACCAUUAUUUAUUAAGUGUUUACUAUGUGCCAGGUACUGUGUUAUGUGCUUUAUGAAUAUUAUCUCAUUUCAUUAUUGCAACAGCCCUGGAGUCAAGUGCUAUUAUUACCCCAUUAAUAAAAAAUAAAACCCUUCCACCUUAAAAAUCAAUACUAUGUAUGGAUUCUAAGGCAGAAGAGUGGUAAGGGCUAGGCAAUGGAGGUUAAAUAGUUUGCCCAGAGUCAUACAGUUAGGAAGUGUGACUAUCCACUGAGCUAUCCAUCUGCUUCCUGUUACUUCAUUUUAAAGUUGAGAAAUAGAGGCGAAGAUACCCUAAUUUACUUGCCUGGAGUUACACAGCUACUACUAUAAGUACUUCAGGCUAGGUUUGAGGUCUUUCUGACUCUAAGUCCAGCAUUCUUUCUCUCUUUUUUAAAAUUUAAAUUUACUCAUUUAUUUGUUUGUUUAUGUCCAGGUUCAUCAUUCUUUCCUCAGAACUACCUAGCUACCUUUAACAAAACACAAACUAUUUGGAAAAGGGCAUUAUCCUUAGUAGUGAAUAUCAGUUAGAAAACUUGGAGAGUUUAUGCCUAUGAGACACUCCCAAAUCUCCAUAAUAUGAAGAGUAAAGAACAAUUUUACUGGUUUUAUAGAACUGAAGAUUCUGCUGCUUUUCUAGUACAAAUAUAGCCACUAAUGAUAAAAAUGCUUUCUCUCCAACCCCUGAAUUUGGUAUUGGUUCAUUUGGAACUCUGUGUUAUCUAUUAGUCAUCAAAAAUAAAUAAAAAGCAUGAGAAAAGAUAUUUGGCUGCUCUCAUCAUAGAGUAUUUCCUCUACCAUUGCAGAUUGUAAUAUCCAUGCCUUCUCAUCUCACUUAAUUACUGUGUCCCCUUAUUCCAUUCCAAAGAUCGUCCAUAGAAAAUCUUACCCAGAGGUCUUCUCUAGGGCUUUUAAUAUUUGGUGUUUGCUUGUCCUGUCCAGUAUCCUACUAUCUAUUCUCUUUUACUCUUCCUACACAAUCAAAUCCCCUCUUUUCCAGGUUUUGAAAAAUGCCAUGCAAAAUGACAACAUAUAUUUAAUAUAAAAUGGUCUUUGCAUUGAAGUACACUUGUGAACUAGUUGAGAGCUUGAUCACUUCUCAAAUCACAGAUAUGAUUAUUCUCACAGAUGGCAACAUUUAAAAGCAAGGAUGACAUUUAUUGGGAAAAUUAGUUGGAAAGCUCAUCUUAGGCAGUGAUAUGAGACAGUUAUAAGGGGAAAGAACUAUCACUGAAGGAUUUUUUUUUUGGUCUGCAUUAUCAUAAUUAUUCAUAUUCUGAGCAAGUUUAUUGCAUCUCGGAGUGUUAGAGCUGGCUGGAACUCCAGAGGAGGAACAUGAGGUCCAGAGAGAAGCAGCUUGUGAUCACCUAAUAAAUAAGUAGCCAAGCCAGGACAGGAACUCAGGUCCUAAGCAGCGUGGCAAAUUGAGAAGUACAGCUGAUGUGUAGUUUGAGAACCAGGAUUAGAAUCCUAGUUCUGUCUCUUAAUCAACUGUAUGACCUCGGGAAAGUUGUUGAAUUUUUUUAAUAGUGAGGCUAUUGGUUGAAAUAGAUGAUUACUAAGGUCUCUUCUGUCUCUAAAUUUGUAAACAUUAUUGUCCUUCAACUCUAAAAUCAGUGUUCAUUUCACUAUACUCAGUUUAAUUAUUCAUCUCUCUGGAUCAUUUUGCUGCUUUGACACAUAUAAUCUAUUUGACCUUAAUUCUUUCCUCUACACAUUUCUUGCAGCAUCUAUAAUUGUGACUUUUUUGUCAUCUACCCUAGAGAUAGAAUAUUGACUCCAUCUUAUAGAAAAACUAUCUGUAAAAGGAAACAUUCUCAUUGAACUAUAGGAGAGGUCUUGGCAUUGCUUACAUACAGAGCUGCUUGCUGUCACCACUGGGGGUCAGAAGAACUGCAGAGCUUUGAAACCAGCUUGGGGAGAUUUGAGUCCUUCCUUAUUCUCAGGGCAGCAAAGGAGGCCAAGGGAAGUUAAUCGACUAAGCUAAUGAGUAAUGGAGCAGAGACUAACUAGAACCCAGGAAGAAAGAACACAGUUCUCUGGUCUCCUAGGGUCAGUGAUCAUUCCACUACACUACCCUCUCACAAGCUACUGCCUGUUUAAAAAAAAAUCUGAGGACAUGAAAGACUCUGGCAUGACAUGCUCUUAAAGGAGAAAUAGAGGCUAAAGAAGAGAAUUUCCAAAUGAAUCCAGUUUUACUAAGUGUUUGGCAUUUAAUUUCUUGGAAAUAAAAAAGCCUCUUUGGUCUCAGGAGGACUUUGACAGAUCUUGUAGUAGACCAGACAAGAUUUUAUUGAAAUAAUCAGAGACAGAUCUUAAUGAUGUUUCAAAAGGAUGUCUCAAUCUCCCUAAAUAAUCUAUCCUACUGUACAACUUGGAAUAAUUCUUCUUUAUAACUAACCUAAAUGACUCAUGUAAUUCAAAAUUUGUUUUCUCUAUUUUGAAAUCUUAAGGAAUCUCUUUAACCUGAAAAUAAAACAUGCCAUGGAAGUCUCCUCCAACAGUAUACUGAAUGGAGAUAGUUUGCUUAUGAAAAAAUUGAGUCCACUUCUUAAUGCCUAAGAAACCACGCUGCCACUGGGUGGAGAAUAUUUUAGUCAAUUUUGAUUUUCCCUUGUGAACUUCCGGCAUCUUAAGGAUUCUGACUGAUCAGAGCGGAUGCUUCAACUUUCCUGGGUAAAUUCUAGGAAGUUUAUCUAUCCUUUACGGUUUUCCUGCAUUAACCAGAGAUGCAGAGAUCUCCAUCCAAUCACAGGACCACGCCCCUUUAAUGCUGUAGCCAUGCAAUUUCCCUCUCCCACUUCUCCUCUGUCCCUUCACUAUAGAAGAGAAAGAAAGUUGGCUGAGUGCGGCUCUAUCAGGGUUUUGAGUGUGGAACAGGGGAGGAGACGGGGGUGGAGAAGGGCAAAUUGAAGGGUCAACACAGCACCACUGGAAGCAGAGAGCCGGGUGGGGUUGGAGAAAGGCACAACGUCAGCGUUUAACAUGCAAAUAUAUUCCCCAUCCUCCCCCUCCUCCUCCGCGACAGCCUCCUCCUCUUCUAGUUCCCCCUCCCCUGUCCUGGGAGUGAGGAGGGAGCCCGAGUCUCAGCUGCCUUCAACUGGCUCCGCAGCGUUGCAUCCACCCACGCCUCCUGGGAGUCGCGGAGACCGCGGGCAGCUCUACAUAAACACAGAGCGAGCGGUCGCUGCCCGGGACUCUCCCGCAGUCACAGGGAGAGGCGGUGCGCUGGAGUCGCGCCCGGUAGCCCACGCCUGGGCGCACUAGCGGAGCGCUGUCCUUUGCCUCCAGGGCUCUCUCUUCUUUGCCCGGUACGGAGCAGAGGCGCUGAACUGGGGCAUCAGCAGCAAGUCCUGUCUCUGGAAAGGUGACUGCCGUUCUCUUCUCAUCUUCUAUUUCUUCUUUCUCUUCCUCCUCCAUCCCCAUCCCACUCUCCUCUUCUCCAUGGCUCUGGCGGACAGCACACGUGGAUUACCCAAUGGGGGCGGCGGCGGGGGCGGCAGCGGCUCCUCGUCGUCUUCGUCGGAGCCUCCUCUGUUCCCCGAGAUCGUGGAACUGAACGUGGGGGGCCAGGUGUAUGUGACCCGGCGCUGCACCGUGGUGUCCGUGCCGGACUCGCUGCUCUGGCGUAUGUUCUCUCAGCAGCAGCCGCAGGAACUGGCCCGGGACAGCAAGGGUCGCUUCUUUCUGGACCGGGACGGCUUUCUCUUCCGCUACAUCUUGGAUUACUUGCGGGACUUGCAGCUUGUGCUGCCUGACUACUUCCCGGAGCGCAGCCGGCUGCAGCGGGAGGCUGAGUACUUCCAGCUUCCCGAACUCGUGCGACGCCUCGGGGCUCCCCAGCAGCCCGGGCCAGGCCCGCCGCCGCCCCACUCUCGGCGUGGGGUAUACAAAGAGGGCUCAGUGGGGGGCGGAGGCGACGAGCUCCUGCCCCUGGGUUACCUGGACCCGGAGCAGCAAGAGGGCGCCUCGGCAGGGGCGCCCUCACCCACCCUGGACCUAGCUAGCCGCAGUCCAUCCGGUGGCGCGGGGGGCCCGUUGCUUACCCCAUCCCAGUCCUUGGACGGCAGCCGGCGCUCGGGCUACAUCACCAUCGGCUACCGGGGCUCUUAUACCAUCGGGCGAGACGCGCAGGCGGAUGCCAAGUUUCGGCGGGUGGCGAGGAUCACAGUCUGUGGCAAGACCUCGCUGGCCAAGGAGGUGUUUGGUGAGACCCUGAACGAGAGCCGAGACCCUGACCGGCCCCCAGAGCGUUACACCUCUCGCUACUACCUCAAGUUCAACUUUCUGGAGCAGGCCUUUGACAAGCUUUCUGAGUCCGGCUUCCACAUGGUGGCCUGCAGCUCCACUGGCACCUGCGCCUUCGCCAGCAGCACAGACCAGAGCGAAGACAAGAUUUGGACCAGCUACACGGAGUACGUCUUCUGUCGGGAGUGAGCCAUUUGGACACCCUCUUUCUUUUAGCCAUUCCCUCCGCCCCUUCCAUGCAUCUGUGAGGGAUAUUAUUUUUUCCCACUACUCCCCACCUCCACAACCAUCCUUUACUCCACUCCAGCAGAAGCCUUCUGUUAUGACUCCUUGUCCCAAACAGCCCACCUCACCUUUUAACUUUUAUCCCAGCUCUUGAACUUGAAGUUUGAUUCCUUUCUUUGCUGAUCUUUUGGCUCCUAUUGAGAAGGGUUGAAAGGCACCCUUCCCUCUUUCUGCCUGGUUAUCAGACUCCUCUGUCCAGGUCUCACCCUCUCCUUCCCCCCUCCUCUAUCUUCUUUCUAGCUUUUCUUAAACCUGGAUUAAGUAAGACAAGGUUGUCAAAAAACAAAACAACAACAAAAAGAAAACUACCGCACCAAAUACUUUGGACUUGAUAAUGCCUGGAACUGUUCAAACUCGAUGGGAAAGUAUCCAGGGUGUUGGAGAAAAUAACAUUCCUUGAAAUCUUCUCAAGUGCUUGUGACUCAUAGGUGGUCAGAGGGUUCUAAAUUGGUCAUACUAAAGUCUGAGGAAAGUUGAUGAUUUUAAAAGGUUAUACUACAGCCUUUUUGGACUUCCUUUAAUUGGUAGAUUUUUUAUUGGGUGCAAAGGCUGUUAUAGACUGGGACUGUGAGAGACUGUUCUGGAAUUUGAGUCACUUUGGGUGGUACAAUUGAAUUACUAUAAAUGAAUAAGGUCUUUUAAAAUGUUAAAGGUUAAAGUAAGAAAAGAACAACUGGCUACAUUUUUACGUUCUUUCCAUUUUAAUGUACAAUAGACUUUGCAAGCAAUUCAAACUUGCAGAAAGGGAGCUAGUUGACAACUCUGCUUCCUGAGACUGACUACUCUGGCCCUUCACCAAGAGCACUUUGCUCUACUGUAGUUGACAUGGCAGCCAUUAUUGGCAACAGGGAAAAAUAUUAUUGCCAGAGAAGACAAUGAGUAAGCCCAAGUCUGCAGUGUUACAUGAAAUAAUUUGACAGUAAGUUUAAAAAAAAAGUAGGGUAGUCAGUAUUUUCAGUAGAAGAGCCAUGGAGAUGAGAAAAGCACCAGGUGUAGAUGGAGGGGUUUCUUUUUCUAACAGUGAAUGAGAUUUGGUCCUUGCUUAGCUCUGCCUAGCAAGUACAUGGGAAUUAGGCAGAAGAGGCACUUGGUUUGAAAAUUGAACAUUUUCACCAUCCAUUUAAGUACAUGCAUGAUUUUGAUGCCAAACAGCACAGGAAAGCACAUGCUCAGCAAUUUAUGAAGUUUUUAAAUAAUAUACAGUGAAACAACAGAUCCUAAAAAACAACUUAUUAUUGCUUAUUAUUAUUAUUAAGUUCAUUAUUCUGAUUUCUUACUUAGAAUUUACUAGUGCUUAUAUGACCUAACCAAAGAACUGCCCAGUAGGGAUUUAGUCUUUAAACUUUUAUUUCCUCAUUCUGGUGAGGAAUUCUAAAUGACAAUUAAAAAAAAUCCUCUUUUUACUUGAGUAAAAUAUGUUUAAUUUUAGUUAUACAUAGGUUUAAGACCAGUUAUUGUUAUUUCUAAAAGCCAAAUGCUUGUCUGACUGCUGAGUAAAUCUGAAAACAGUAUUUUUGCAUUGUUCUUUCAUGGAAUUUGUUAGAAGUGUGGUGGAGUCUAUACAUGUGAUUCGUUUGCAGAGAAAUCUAAGCACCAAGUGCUAUCCAGUUGUAGAGAGUUAUAAAAUGGAGUACUUUUAAAAGAAGGCAAAUAAAUGCUUAAAAGUUAGCUGAGCAAUAAAAUGGUAACUUGAGGCUUGUGCAACAGAAUACAGAAUGAGACCUGGUUGCCUUAUGCCUUUAUUCUAAAAUGAAAUAAAUCCCCUUUUGCAUAUCCUAUCUAUAUCAUAAGUAAAAGGAAACUGAUCCUAGCUCCUGAGUGUGUAACAUGUCAUUCUCUGGAGAUUCCCUGGCCCACAAGUCUUUGUAUUUUUUUGUUUCUUUCACUACUUUUCUCAGAAAUAUCCUUUGAAAAGAUUUUGUAAGAAACAGUUUUCAGGAAAAGUAUUUAAAUUUGUGCUUUUUCUUUAUUUCUUUUUAAAAAAAAAUGAGCCUUGUACUGUAUCUCAUUAUAUUCAUUAACAGAAUUAAGGAUAGAAACAAUUUUAAUCUUUAAUGACAUAUGACCCAGUGUAUAUAUAGAGUAUGUGAACAUUUUACAUCCAUCAUUUAGUUUUAGAUUUCAUUUGUGCUCUGAAAUGUCAUAAGUGAUCCUAAUCCCUUAUAUUAUGUGCUGUACAUACUAAGGCAACAUGUUCUGAUCAGUUUCCUUACUCCCAUUUCUAUGAAAAAAUUGAGUAUAAAAGAAAUGCAAUUGUACAACUGAGUUUGAUCCACUAUUAAUUGCUUGGAUUAGUUAUACUCAAAUUUCUGUCGGUUCAAUAGCAUCUUAAAAUUAAGGUACCUGUAUUUUUAAUCUGCUACCUUUUUCUUUCUUUCUUUUUUGAAAUGGGGAUGGUGAAGAUUAGAGUUUUCUAUUACAGUGCCUGCCUAGCAACAGUUUUUUUUCCAAAGUAAAAAUGAUUUUUAUAAUAGAAUCAUUGAAUGACAUUAGAUGAUAGGAAUGAGUGAUAAUGUAAAGAGAAUCAUUUCAUUUCUUGUAGUCUUUAAAAUGCCAUCUCAGGCUUGGUAAUUAUUAAAAUGUUAAUCUCACUGAAGUCUGAAGUGAGUUAGUGUUGUUUGUUCAGUGUUUAGUGGCUAGAUGUGAACACCUUAAAAAAUCAGUAGGGCCAAAUGACAUUUAGUUAUUAGUUCAUUCAACAAGUAUAUAAACAAUUUAGUCUUAGAGAUUUGUAUCUUAAAGGGAAUUCAGAGAUCAUUGAGUCCAACUCUUUCACUUUAUAGAUGAGGAAAACAGGCCCAGAAAAGGGAAAUAAUUUGUGGAGGUCCUUUGACUCACCUAAUGCCUCCCAAUAGAGGAGACCUAAAGAGACAUAUUUAGUAAUUGAAAGAAUUAGUGGUUCUUAAUGACUGAAAAUUUCAGUGAUUAUUCUUAUUUAUGUCCACAUCCCCAAAAGAUUCCUUCCAAUCCAUCUAGCAAGUAGUUUCCAUUGGCAAUCUUCACAAACUUUGCAAAUUUUUAAUCCAUUAUGUCUUUGGGUUAAAUCAGAUCUUUUGUAUACCCUUUAGUUGAAGGACUAUGGAUUAAAUGGUUAAGGAGAGUUAAUUGUGCUUAAGAGAUGAAUUCCUCACUUCUCAAAUUGGAAGUGAGAUGACCUAAAUUGGAGUGUUGCCUUUAGUGAAAAACUGGUAACUUUUUUUGUGAAUUUAGACUAUGUUGAUAGUCUGAGUAAUUUAGGUACAGAAGUCUACUUUGACACCUGCAUUAUUUGCUUCCCAAACCCUCUAUUCACUUUGAAAUGGAGCCUUUAGUUGUGUCUCUACAGAUCAAAACAAAAUGAAAAUUGGCAAAUUCUUGAUGGAUAUUGACAAUGUAGAGAAUUAAUUUGGGUAGUUUAGGCCCUGCAAAAAUACCUAUGCCUAAACAACUUGGGGAAAAUUAGGGAGGGAGAGGGAGGCAGUGACACUAAUUAUCUAGGUAAUUUUAGCUAUCAUAGUAUUGAUUUAAAUUAGAUGGAACCUAUCUGUGUUGAUCCAUGCAUUCUUUGGUAUUUGGAAACUCAACAGGAAAUUGUCAAUUGCUUAAACAUUGGUUUCAUUUAAAAAUGAGAAGGUGAUGGUGGGGUAUCUCAAGUCCACCAGUGGUUUAAAAAAACAGGUACCAUUAUUAUUAAUACUGUUUUCUCUCUUUUGCAACCAUAUGUUUGUCAGGAUAUCUAUUUUUAUACAUGUAGAUUAUGAGCCAUAUUCAUCCUAGUUUUUAGACUGAAUGGUGUAGGAGAGAUCCCUUGAGGAUGUUAGAGACCAAAUUAAAACUUUUCUUUUCAAUACUAACUUUACUCUUGUGUUUUAUAUGGCUUGUAUUUUGAUUAAAAUGUUAAAAAUCUAGAACACAUUGUAUUUUACAUUAUUGUGUUUCUAUCUCUAUCAAGAAAAGGCUUCUCAAUCCCACAUUCUUGUAAAACAUGCUAUGUACAUGACCACUUCUAAAGAAGUUCAUUAUUAGUUGAGGAAUGCUUUCACUUGAUUUAUUUUGAGGCAAACUCAUAAUGCAAAUAGCUUAUGUUCCAAUUGGUUUUAAUGCAAGGAAUUUUUAUGGAGCUUAGAUAAAGUACUUUAUUUGCAUAGUGCCAUACACAUACACCACUCAGAUCAUACAAAGUUCUCCUCUGAGAAUAACAAUAUUUUUAUUAUCUUAAAAAAUGAAUACAUCGUUAAUGAAAAAUUCAGUAGAAUAUUGUCACAGAAGAAUCUUGAGGGAGAACUAGAAACUCGAAGAGUCUGUUUCACAGGCAAAAUAAUAAAAUUUACCCAAUUGAUUGAAGGGUUGCUUUAAUAAUAGGCUACAAAAAACCUAUUAGGGAAGAUUCUUUGUACUGGAUUUUGAGUAGCUAAUCAUUAAUGAUUAUUAAAAUGGCUAUUUUUAUUCACUGUGAGGACACUCAAAUAUUGAAUGUAAUUUCUUAGAUGACUUGUUAAAUCUUUAUUUUUGAAAAAAUAAGGCUGUUCAAAAAUCCUCUUUGGUUUGGUUUCCAAAAGUGAUACUGCUGGGCAAAACAACUGCCAAUAAUUACAUAUUAAAAAUUGAGGAUUUAGGUUCUACACUGGUGUGUCCUGAUAACUUCAUUGCCUCAAUGGAAACUCUAAAGAAUGGAGUAGUCUUGAGAAAGUUGAAGAUGGACCAAGUGAACUUGGAUCUCUACCUGGUUCUUUACUUCAAAUAUACAUAUAUGAGGGUUUAAGGACAAUCAUUAUAAUAUAAAAGACAAUACUGUUGCCUUUCUAACUUUAAAAAUAGGUGAAAGUUCCUUCAUUCUUGUUUGAAAACAAAUUAUGAAAACUCAUUAACUUAAAAAAAGAUGCAAGGCUCUUUCAUAGAUGUUAAUUUGAAAGCUCUCAAUAAUCAUAUGAUAUUUCAAUUUUUCAGGUAUACUGGCCAUAUAUGAACUGCUUUAUCAACUAACUAUGAGUUUGAGCAAAUGAUUUCACCUCUCUGGUGCCUCAGUUUCCUCACUUUUAUUGAAAAAUUAGACUAAAUGGUCUCUAAGGUAACUUCUAGCUCCCAAAUCACUAUGAUUCUAUGAAUAAAAGUUGCCAUUCUACUGUCAGCUGAAGAAUGUAAAAUUCCCACACAGCAAUUUUUGUAGCUUUCAGUGGGUUAUUUCAGGUUUUGAUGUCUUUUUUUCCUUUCUCUCCUAACUUUUGUGGAAAUGGUUCAUUGGUAUUUGUCAUUUAAUGUAAAAAUCUAAAUCAUCAUUAUGAAUUAAGUAAAUAGGAAGCCAAGGGGGGUGGAAUCUACUUCAUUUUUAAUGAGCUGAUUAUGAACCCUUCUCAUUUAUAUUUACUAAAGGAGAUAAAUUCUUCAGUUAUCUCCUAAAUGUUCUAGAGCUUUUUAUUUUCCCUAAUCAUAACUAGUUGUAUAACUAACAUCCUCAAUAGUGUCUUUCUCCUCGUACUGUGGAGUAAUAAAUCCUUGAUUAUGUGACUUGUUAUGUAUUCUAUUAAAUACUAAAAGCGAAA